GAAGACCGGCUGAAGAUGCCCUACACAGAUGCCGUAGUCCAUGAGAUCCAGAGGGUGACGGACAUCGUCCCCCUGGGAGUGCCCCACACGGUGAUCCGGGACACUCAGUUCCGGGGGUACCUUCUGCCGAAGGGCACGGACAUCUUCCCCUUGCUUGGCUCGGCCUUAAGGGACCCCAAAUACUUCAGCGACCCCGAGAACUUCAAUCCCGGACACUUCCUGGACGAGAACGGCCGUUUUAAGAAGAACGAGGCUUUUGUGCCGUUUUCCUCUGGGAAGCGCGUCUGCCUGGGGGAAGCCAUGGCUCGGAUGGAGCUCUUCCUCUACUUCACCACCCUGCUGCAGAACUUCUCACUGAAGUCGCCUCUGCACCCCAAGGACAUCGACGUCUCCCCCAAAAUGAGCGGCUUUGGGAACAUCCCCCCCGUCUACCAGCUGAGCAUGCUGCCCCGCUGCCCCUGGGCCUCUGCUGCCUCUCUCUAG